UGCGCAAGUUCCACUAUUCGUGUCGAGUUCCUCGUUUAUUUGCGAUUAGAAAUUUAAGUGCUGUUUAAAAACUACUUAUAAGUAAUGGAGAAAAUACUAAUCGAGCCUCGAGACGGACUCGUAGCAUCAUGUUUGUCUAAUCUUCUCCAAACAAGUGCCGAAGAUGUAUUGGCAAGUGGUGAUACAUUCAAAGUUGGAUUAUCAGGGGGAUCUUUGGUACAAUUAUUGGCACAAACUUUACCUAAUAUUACAACUGAUUGGAGUAGAUGGUAUUUUUUCUUCUGUGAUGAAAGAAUUGUUCCUUUCGAUAGCAGUGAUUCUACUUAUGGAGAUUAUAAAACAAAAUUGAUUGGAAAAGUACCAGUAACUGAAGAGCAGUUUAUAAAAAUUAAUCCUGAUCUUUCUGCUGAAGAUGCUGCAAAAGAUUACAUUAAGAAGAUGUCUGUGUUUUUCCCUCCUGACCGUGUCCCAUGUUUUGACGUGCUUCUUUUGGGAUUAGGUCCAGAUGGGCAUACAUGUUCUCUCUUUCCUGGUCAUAAGCUUUUAAAUGAAGCAAGCUUAUGGGUUUGUCCUAUUAAUGAUUCUCCUAAACCACCUCCAUCUCGUAUUACCUUCACCCUUCCUGUGAUAAAUAAUGCAAAGAAGUGCAUAUUUGUUAUUACAGGAUCUAGCAAAGCUGAAAUUGUUAAGAGAAUUUUACAAGGUAGAGAAAGAAUUUUGCCAGCUGCUCGUGUGCAACCACAUAAUGGAUACCUAUAUUGGAUUCUAGAUGAAGAUGCUGCAAAAUUCUUAGAAACAGCCUAA